AUGGGUGGUGAUGAAAAACUUGCCGCCCUACGGGCCCCAACAAGCCGACUAAACGAUCCGGAGAUGCAGGCCGAUUGGGCGGACAAGAAGUUUGUAUGGCUCGCCAGCGAACACGAAGGCUACGUUCUGGCCAGCACCGUUGAGGAGCUAUCCGAUGAGCGUCUCCGCCUGCGCAUCCAGGAGUCUGGGAAGGAGGUGAUCGUCACGAAGUACGACAUUCAAAAGGCCAACCCGCCCAAGUUUGAAAAGACCGAAGACAUGGCCAACUUGACGAUGCUGAACGAGGCUGGGAUUCUCUACAAUCUCAAGCAGCGCUACUACUCGAAUCUCAUCUAUACCUACUCCGGGAUGUUUUGCGUCGUGAUCAAUCCGUACAAAAAUCUGCCCAUUUACACGGACGCGAUCGUGGAAAAGUUCAAGGGAAAGAAACGCCGCGACGCCCCUCCACAUAUUUAUGCGGUUGCUGAUGCGGCCUACCGUAACAUGCUAAGCGACAAGGAGGAUCAAAGCAUCUUGUGCACUGGCGAAUCUGGUGCCGGAAAGACGGAAAAUACGAAGAAGGUGAUCCAGUAUUUGACCUCAAUCGCUGGGCAUCGUUUCACGGGAGGCAAACCAGGAAGCGUUUCUUCCCUCAACACCAGCGCUCGAAACUUCGCAAACCUCGAAGAGCAGCUCUUGCAAGCAAACCCCAUUCUGGAGGCUUUCGGCAACAGCAAGACCGUCAAAAACGACAACAGCUCUCGAUUCGGCAAAUUCAUCAAGACGCAUUUCGAUACAUAUGGUCUGAUCUCCGGGGCGAACAUCGAAUUCUACCUCUUGGAGAAGUCUCGUGUCAUCCGCCAGGCCGCCAAUGAGCGCUCAUUCCACAUCUUCUAUCAGUUGAUCAAAGGCGCCGACGCGAAUCUUGCCGAGGAGUUACUACUCGAGCCAUCGCCGAAGAACUACAAAUUCUUGUCACAUGGCGAUUUGUCAAUUCAAAACGUCAACGACAAGGAGGAGUUCAAGGGUCUACUAGCCGCCUUCCAAAUCAUGGGCUUGUCCGAUGACGAAGUCAAGUCGAUCUUCCGCGUGAUCUCUGCCGUCUUGCUCUUCGGAAAUCUGCAAUUCUCCCAAGACAAUGCCGAACAAGCUAUGUUAACAGACGACAAAGUGGCGCAGAAGAUUUGCAAACUUCUUGGAUUGCCGAUUGCCGAGUUCACCAAGGCCUUCGUGAAACCAAAGCUCAAGGUGGGCCGUGAACAAGUCGUCCGUGCGCAGACCGCCGAGCAAGCCCACUACACUGCAGAGGCUAUUGCCAAGGCUUGUUACGAACGUCUUUUCCGCUGGCUCGUCAACCGGCUCAACCGUUCUCUCGACCGCACCAGACAGAAUGCCGUCUCCUUCAUCGGGAUUCUUGACAUUGCCGGAUUUGAAAUCUUCGAGAACAACAGCUUCGAGCAGCUCUGCAUCAAUUACUGCAACGAAAAGCUGCAGCAAUUGUUCAAUCAUCACAUGUUCGUUCAAGAGCAAGAGGAAUACAAACGCGAGAACGUGGCCUGGGAAUUUGUCGAUUUUGGCCUGGACCUACAGCCGACGAUCGACCUUAUUGAUAAGAACAUGGGCGUGAUGGCUCUUCUCGAUGAGACUUGCCUAUUCCCCAAGGCCGAUGACCGUGCGUUUGUUGACAAGCUGAUCAAGGAGCACCAACAGCACAUUAAAUUUGAUGUCCCUGAUGCCAAAUCAAGAAACGACUUCUCGAUCCUUCACUAUGCCGGGCGUGUUGAUUAUUCGGCCAAAGAAUGGCGCACGAAGAACAUGGAUCCGUUGAAUGAAAAUGUCGUGGAUAUUUUGCAGCGCAGCUCCGAUCAAUUCGUCGCCGACAUGUGGAAGCAUGCUGAAUUCGCCUCAUUGGGGUCAGCGGAGGCCAGCGACUCGAUUUUCGGUGGACGAGCCAAGAAGGGCAUGUUCCGGACCCAGUGUCAGCUCUACAAAGAACAAUUGUCCCGUUUGAUGUCGACGUUGGAGAACACCAACCCGCAUUUUGUGCGCUGCAUCAUUCCUAACUAUGAAAAGAAGGUCGAAUUCCGUCAACGGUACGAACAUAUCCUGUGCCGCGGGCUGAUCCCGAAGGGAUUCAUGGAUGGGAAGGAAGCUUGCAGGCGCAUGAUUGAUCAUCUCGGCAUGGAUCAAGCUGUGAUAGGCCAGACGAAAGUCUUUUGUAAGGCCGGUCAGCUCGCGCUUUUGGAAGAGAUCCGUGAUCAAGCGGUCACUUCCCUCAUCAUCGCCUUCCAGGCGCGUUGUCGUGGUGUGCUCGCUCGUCGAGAAUACUGCCGUCGCAAGGAUCAGGCCAAUGCACUGAGUAUCAUUCAGCGUAACGGUCUGGUUUGGAUGAAGCUACGCAAUUGGCAUUGGUGGAGGCUCUUGAACAAGGUCAAACCACUCGUCCAAAUUACCAACAGCGAAGAGGUCCUGGCCGAGAAGGAGCAAGAGCUUGUGGUGAUGCGUGAAAAGCUUCGGCGAAGCGAACUCUUCAUCGAAGAGUAUGGCAAAAAGAUCGAAGACUUGGGCGAGACCCGCGUCCGAUUGGAGCAGCAGCUAGAGGAGGAGACGGCGGAGCGUGCCGAAGCAGAUGAAGAACGUGCUGUCAUGGUCAAGCGGAAAAUGGAGUUGGAAGACGAACUCACUCAACUGGCAGCGCUGCUCGACAAGGAGCAGAAGAAAGCAUCUACUUUCGAGUCGACUAAGAACUUGCUUGAGGUUCAAACUCGUGAAUUGCUGGAACAGCUCGAUGUGGCCAGAGACAGCACGCAGAAGCUUCAAGCAGACAAAUCAGCCCUCGAGAAACGCUUGAAGGAUUUCGAGCAGAACAACGCUACAAUCGACGAGACCAAUGCUCGCCUGCUGAAAGAAAAGCGUUCGCUCGAGGUGCGGCUCCAAGAGUUGCAGGAGAAGCUGCUGACCGAAGAAGAGCGCAUACGCAAUGCCGAGAAGCUUCGUGGGAAGGAGAAGGCUGAGGCUGUGGAGCUGGCACAAGAACUCGAUAAGGAAAAGAAACUUCGUAGCGAGCUCGAAGGCCAACGUCGAAGCCUCGAGCAAGAACUUCGCGAGCACAAAGAAACCGUGACGGAGCGGAUCCGCCAAAUCGAGGUGACCACCUCGCAUUUGAGGUCAAAGGAAGACGAGCUUGUUGAGCUUCUGAAGAAAUCCGAAAAUGACCUGAACCAGAUCCAAGCUCUGGAACGAGACGUCCGCACGCUCCGCUUGGAACUCGCUGAAAAGCGUGAAGAACUGGAGCACGAAAAAGCGGCCCGUGCCAAAAGCGAUCGGAUGCGCCAAGAAAUUGCCGAGGAACUUGAGAACUACAAGGCGGAGCUCGAGGAAACCUACGACAAGAACCAACUAGCUUCGGAGCUGCGGCAGAAACGGGACGAUGAGUGCACUAAUCUGAAGAAGGCCCUUGACGAGCAACAAGCCGCUUCUCAGCGUGCUCUCGAUGAACUCCGCACCAAGGCGGCCAAACAGGUCGAAGAUCUCAACCACGAACUCGAUGCGCUUCGCCGCGCCAAGUACACGCUGGAGAAGGCUCGAAUCACCUGGGAUAGCGAGAAGGACGGCUUUGAGAAGGAGAUUCAGCAGCUGCGUGACACAAAGAGCGAGAGUGAAAAGAAGCGCCGAGCCACCGACUUUUCCUACAACGAGCUCCAGCGCCGACUCGAAGAGCAAACGAGCAAGAAUCAAGAACUGACCAAGCAGCUGACAAAGCAAGAGCGUGAAAAUGAAGCCAUCGACAACUCUGCUCUGAUCAAGAAGUGUGCUCUCCUCGAAUCGCAGCUACUGGAUCUGCAAGAAACCGUUGAGGACGAGAAGAAGAGCAAAGUGCAACUCCUCACCAAGCUGCGCGGCAAGCAGGAUGAACUUGAUACUGUCGAAAAGGCUCUGGACGAUCUGCAAGAGGCCAAUGAGCGCUUGGAAAAGGAACUGGCUCAGUCCACCAUCGAAUGCGCCGAUCUGCAGAAGUCUCUCCAAGCAGAGUCGGACAAGAAGCUCGAAGACGCGAAGCGCAAAUUGACUCGAGAACUCGAUGCAGCGCUAGACGCCGCCAAAGAAGCUGAACUGGCUCGCGACAAGGCGGAGCGUGCCAAGAAAAAGAUGGUGCAAGAGAAUGAGGACUUGACUAACGAGCUGGGCAACGUCAACACGACCAUCCGCGAAAUGGAACGCCAGCAGCGCAAGCAAGAUCAGCUUCUCUCGGAACUCCGUCGCCUACUCUGUGUCACCGUUGAUCGCAAA